UUCUAUGGGGAUACACAGCUUCACAAGCCUAAUAUACCAGCGAUCAAUAGGCAACUGCAUAAGUGUUAUAAUAAUUCAAAACUCCGUGUGCACGCGCGGCACAGUCCAGAUUUACCGACCGACACAUGCUCAUUUGCACAGCCCUAACGAACGACAUAAACGCACAUCGGUCUGUAACUCUGGUUUAUCAUAAAGUCUGAUGGUAAACUGUGAGCAGAGUCAGCAUGCAAGACGUUUAACGAAAGUGUAAUCUGUCUCCUCUCUGGAAAUGAUUUUCGGAACUGCGACUCUGUGUAACUGACGGGACACAAAAGCUGAUAUCUUUUUUGGAGAUCAGGCUAUGGUGCAGAAAUUGGAAAUAAAUCAUGGCAAGGAUGACAGGGAAUGAAGGAACCCACAAAUUUUCCAGUGAGAUCCAGAGGCCGGGUCUACCGCCACAGCAUGACACGGACCGGAUGGGAAUAGUGAUCCAGCUGACGGACACUGAGGGUGAAUGGGACAAUCUUGAUGACAAUGACCUCAUUUUCACCUUGGACUGUGAUGGCAAAAAGUCACUCAGCUCCCUCCAUAACCGAAGACCAUGUUCGGUCGACAUUCAGACAGAAGGGGAUUGGGGUCCCAGCUCAUCCGCAUUCAACGUUCCUCUCUCUCCACCUUCAUCAGGCUCCCUGGGAGACUCUUUUCUUCCGGGGUCUGGCUUCCUCUCGCCUUCCCACCGCCCCUUGGCCAGCUUAGUGAAGUCAUUAUCUACAGAACUGGAACUGAAAGAGUCUUCUUUAAAGCCCAAACCAUUCCUCAGCCUUGUAAAGUCAAUUUCCACCGAGCUUUCUCGCAGUGAGCCCGAAGUGUCUCAAUCCAGGUCUGAUUCCAAGCUCAAUCUACACUUGUGGACGCAAUUCACCCAGCCCAAAAGCCGCAAUGGUGACUCCCGCACCGCCCCUCCAUCUCCGGUCAACCUGUCCCCCACUGAGCCCAAAGCAAGCUUCUUUAAAAUGGAGCUGGAGGACACCCGACGCAAGCUCUCAGAGGCCAUGCAGGAACCUCUGAGCAUGUUCAGUAAGAUCAUGCGUGAGGACAGUGCUGGCAGCCCCAAGCACCAAAGGAGCACUGGAUCGAUGGACUCUCCAAGCUACAAAAACGUCGGAAUCGGGAAAUCGAACACUGAUUUGACUGUUUCCGAAUCUCCGAAACGUGCUAGGAAAGUAGAAAGUGAGGUUCUACCGGAGUGCAACUGGCCUGUGAGACAUCGUAAACGGUGUAUGCAGAAGUCCUCCCUCUCCCAUGACCACUGUAGCAAACAGAUAGACAUUGGACAGGUGGUGGAGACCAGUAUUAACAAAGCUGAUCAAGAUUUGACAAAGCAAUGCUCCUCUCCAGUGCCAGGAGUGGCUCUUGGAUAUAUUGCAUUUGUGUCAUACUGCUAUUUUAUCAUUCCUUUGUCAGCGUAUUGGUCUGGCCUGUUCCUUGGUUUAGUGUUUGGAUUAAUUUUGGGGCUUGUGCUCAUCCAUUGGGGCUCCGUCAGAGAUGUGUCCACCAGUCACCCACAUGGGACCCCCUAUAAUAACAUUCUCUUUGAAACCCUGCAGAGCAAUGUACCUUCCCUCAAGGGCUGGAUGAACGAGAUUUACAUAUAUGAUCCAGAGACUUAUCAGCCCUCUCUUAUGCACUCUGUGUAUGUCACAUUGGAUGGACCCUGUUUGCGGCUUGACUACCCACGUAACAACAUUCCCCGCUGGGCUGCCUUUGAUGAGCCCUGCUACGAAAAGCAAUUCACCCACUCACGGAUAUUUCGACUCACUGGCAGCAAGGUAUUUCUUCUGCCACUGGCUUUGGCACACAAGAGAGUGUGGAACAGGAAGUAUCCUAUCUGCAUACGUUUGGCUGAAGAAGAAGGAGCUGUGGAAGAAGACGAGACAGUAGAGGGUCCGGGCGAGGUUCAGAAAGUAGAGAAACACCCUGGAUCUAUGACUAAUGUUUCCAUUCCUGUCACACUUUACCUCUUUGGACGAACGGGACGGGAGAAAGAGGAAUGGUUCCAUCGACUGUUUUCUGCGUCCAUUCACAAUGAAGAAGACCAUUUUGAAUCUAUAUUUGGUGAUAAAUCUGUAUUGAGUGAGGAGAACACUUUUGGGCUGUCACAUGGUGGUGAAGGCUCAGUCAAGGACAGCAGUGAAGAUCUGGUUGGCAGAGCGAAGGAGAACAUUCUACCAGACUAUAGUUCUUACAUGACCAGUCUGGUCUUCUCAGCACACGCCAGUCCUGUCCAAAGCCCCUGCCAAAGCAGCACCCAGGGCAGCCCUACUGACAAAGAGCAGGAGCAGGCCUUUUGUUGCAGUGACGACGACACAAAGCCGGUCUGGUUGAACGCAAUAAUUGGUCGAAUCUUUUGGGACUUCCUCCAUGAAAAGUACUGGGCUGAUAAAGUCCAGCAGAAAAUACAGCGAAAGCUGAGCAGAAUUCGGUUGCCUUACUUCAUGGAUGAACUGACCCUCACCGAACUGGCCAUGGGCUCCAGUAUGCCCCAGAUAACAAGUACUUCACUACCACAGGUCAACAGCAGAGGUCUAUGGUUGCAUGUGGAGGUGGAGUACACAGGAGCAUUACAGAUGACUCUUGAGACCAAAAUCAACCUCUCCAAACUUGGGAAGGAGGAAGUUCUUGAGGCAGAGACAGAGUUGGAGACAAUCAAUGUGUUUAGCAGGUCCAGGCUCUCUGUGCUGGCUGAUAGUGAUGAGGAAUCCUCAAGUGCAGGAUCCUCGGAUGAGGAGGACGUUUCAUCCGCUGACACUCAAGGAACCCUGACAGAAAAGCCUCUAGCUGGUGUUGAGGGGGCUGCAGCUGGAGGCCGCACUAGUAGGCGGAUUUUGAAAUUUGUCGACAAGAUUGCCAAGUCGAAGUAUUUCCAGAAGGCCAAAGAAAAUGAGUACAUAAAGAAGAAGAUAGAAGAAAUGUCCAACACCCCUCUGCUGCUUGCGGUGGAAGUUAAAGAGCUCUCUGGAACCCUGGCAAUCAACAUUCCUCCUCCCCCCACAGACAGAAUAUGGUAUGGUUUUUGCGGACCCCCGAAACUUGACCUAAGAGUCAGACCCAAACUGGGAGAGCGAGAAGUGACUUUCUUUCAUGUGACAGAAUGGAUUGAAAAGAAACUACAAGAUGAGUUUCAGGAAGUUUUUGUUUUGCCCAACAUGGAUGACAUUUACCUGCCGCUAAUGCACUCUGGGCUGGACAACCCGACAGCUUCACAACAACACCCUGUAAAGCUGUCCCAGCAUUCCUCUGUGGCCUCCACUGACAGGUGUGAUCUGGAACAUUCUGCAGAACUACAGUAGUGCCUCCUUGUGGACAGACAUGUCAAUACGCCGGUUUCAGGAACUCACUCCUUUGUAAUCAGCUUCAUUUAAACAUCCCACACAUGCUCUCUCGUAAUUUAUUAUCUCCCAUUAUCAUACAUUCCCAUUUCCUUGAAACCCAAAACAGUUUUCCUAUCAUACCAUUGGCUUAAUGUGUGUUUAAAUCAUUUUAUUACUUUAUUGUGUUUAUGUCUUAAGGACAACUGGUUAUUUGUUGAACAUCCACAAUAGCUUAAAUUAGACAUAUAAGCAUUAGUAACAAGUAAAUAGUAAAUAAUAAAGAAUUUAUUAAAUCAUUCAUUUUUACAUUCAUUCAAACUCGUUUUGAAAAAAGUCUUACAUACAUGUUCCACGAGUGUUUGCUUUUUACAUUAUGAAUUAAUAUAUAGGCCUAGUAUCAAAGACAGUUUUUGUACGAUUUGACAUUUUCUUGUCAAGUGUCACUUCAAGAUUGUAAUAUCUGUAAUAACUUAAGCAGGCAUUUGAAUGUUACAGUAAUUGUUUUUUCUUUGUAAUAUUUGGUAAUUAGCAUCAACCUUUUCUGUUUAUCGUACUUUUCUCUAUAUACAAACAAUAAAUCUGUAAAUUCGGUUGGCUGUGCCGCCCUUAAAGGGAUUCUGUCAUCAUAUACUUAACCUCAUGUUUUUAAACAUGUAUGACUUUCUUUACUCUGCAAUCUGCAGAUCACAAAAAA